ACCAUGCCGUACACCUGCUGCCUGCCCAACCUGAGCUGCCGCACCAGCUGCUGCUCCCGGCCCUGCGUGGCCCCCAGCUGCCACAGCUGCACCCUGCCCGGGGCCUGCAACAUCCCCGCCAAUGUGGGCAACUGUAACUGGCUCUGUGAGGGCUCCUUCAAUGGCAACGAGAAGGAGACCAUGCAGUUCCUGAACGACCGCCUGGCCAGUUACCUGGAGAAGGUGCGCCAGCUGGAGCGGGAUAACGCGGAGCUGGAGAGCCGCAUCCGGGAGCGGUGCCAGCCUCAGGAGCCCUUGUUGUGCCCCAGCUACCAGUCCUACUUCCGGACCAUCGAGGAGCUCCAGCAGAAGAUUGUGUGCAGCAAAUCUGAGAAUGCCAGGCUGGUAGUGCAGAUCGACAAUGCGAAGCUGGCUGCAGAUGACUUCAGGACCAAGUAUGAGACGGAGGUGUCCCUGCGGCAGCUGGUAGAGUCAGACAUCAACGGCCUGCGCAGGAUCCUGGACGAGCUGACCCUGUGCAAGUCUGACCUGGAGGCCCAGGUGGAGUCCCUGAAGGAGGAACUGCUGUCUCUCAAGCAGAACCACGAGCAGGAAGUCAACACCCUGCGCUGCCAGAUUGGAGACCGCCUCAACGUGGAGGUGGACGCUGCCCCCACCGUGGACCUGAACCGGGUGCUGAAUGAGACCAGGUGUCAGUAUGAGGCCCUGGUGGACACCAACCGCAGAGAAGUGGAGGAAUGGUUCACCACGCAGACCGAGGAGCUGAACAAGCAGGUGGUGUCCAGCUCGGAGCAGCUGCAGUCCUGCCAGUCUGAGAUCAUCGAGCUGAGACGCACAGUGAACGCCCUGGAGAUCGAGCUGCAGGCCCAGCACAACCUGAGGGACUCUCUGGAAAACACGCUGACGGAGAGCGAGGCCCGCUACAGCUCGCAGCUGUCCCAGCUGCAGUGCAUGAUCACCAACGUGGAGGAGCAGCUGGCCGAGAUCCGCUGUGACCUGGAGCGGCAGAACCAGGAGUACCAGGUGCUGCUGGACGUCCGGGCCCGGCUGGAGUGUGAGAUCAACACGUACCGGACCCUGCUGGAGAGCGAGGACUGCAAGCUCCCCUGUAAUCCCUGCGCCACAACCAAUGCAUGCGACAAGCCCAUUGGGCCCUGCGUCUCCAAUCCCUGUGCCUUGCGACCUCGGUGUGGGCCUUGUAACACCUUUGGUCACUAG